GCUGCCCCGGAUGUUAUCGCCUUCAUUUGUCCCUGGAAACAAAACUACAGUUAGCUGUUGUGCGGAUCACGGAGUGGCGUUUUCUGAAGCAUACUUUACCUCAUAAACGUUAAAAUGUCUGAAGUGGAGGAAACGCUGAAGAGAAUCCAGAGCCAGAAGGGCGUCCAGGGAAUUAUCGUCGUCAAUUCAGAAGGAAUCCCUAUCAAGACGACUCUGGACAACUCGAGUACGGUGCAGUACGCCGGACUUAUCCAUCACCUUGUGAUGAAGGCGAGGAGCACCGUGCGAGACAUCGACCCCCAGAACGACCUUACAUUCCUGCGUGUGCGCUCCAAGAAGAACGAGAUUAUGAUCGCUCCAGAUAAGGACUAUUUCUUGAUCGUAAUUCAGAACCCCUCUGCCUAAAACUGAAGGAUCUGCUGACCAGCUCUUUGCUUUUCAUUGCCUUUCAAUAUAUAUUUUUUUUUCCUUUGUUUACUAGAAGCUUUUUAUGCACUUCCUGUAAGAGAAGAGAAAGGCAAGAACUGAGGCUUGAUAAAACAAUAUCCAACACUUCACUGACAGAUGAACCAGACUGUUCAUCACUGUGUAGAGAAAUAUCUUUUUCCUUGUUUUUGCAUUCCAAAUAAUUUUCCUCUCUCAGCUCAAUGUUGUAUGUCUGGGAAGUAUUUGUCUGGGUUAAGAGGAGAGAAGCACACCUGUGUCAAACCCAUUUCUGAAGUUGGAAAAGAAAAGCUGGACCAGAACAUACAUCUGCAAGAUGCAGUGUAAUGUACGACAGUGUCCAACAGACAUUUUAAAGGUUUGUUUCUGUACCCAGGAAAAGUUGGGAUUAUUUAUUGUUGUCUUCAAUUUAGCAGUUGUGCAGUGAACUACACUACAAAGACUUCACUGCAUGUCAAGUCUACCUUUUGUUGGUUAAGUGUAACAAAGAUAAUAAAAAGUGAAAAUGGA